GAGCCACCAGAACAGUACUAAUUAGAGUUGGUUGAGUAAGGAGACCCUGGAAGGAAAAAUGGGUGAGGUUGAUGAAGUAUACUCCGCCCCCAUAACACCAAGACCGGCGUCGAGAGCUCCGACACCGCCGAUAAUAUCUGCUCCUCCGUCGCAAUUCCAUUCACCUUCUUUGUCUCGGUCACCUCUCCUCUCCUUCGGGGACCACCCGGAAAAGCCUGCACAGAAAACCCCAAACAAGUCACGAACGCCGAGGUUCAUCACUCCUUUGAUCACUCCUUUGGGAAGCCCUUUAAGGAAGGCUCUCCACCUCACAAAGCUCGACCCACAAGACGCUUGGCUACCAAUCACUGAGUCAAGAAAUGGAAACGCCUACUAUGCAGCCUUUCACACUCUUUGUUCAGGAAUUGGAGUUCAAGCCCUUAUUCUUCCUGUUGCCUUCACCAUUCUUGGCUGGGCAUGGGGAAUCACAUGCUUAACAUUAGCAUUUAUAUGGCAACUUUAUACCUUAUACUUGCUGGUGCAACUCCAUGAAUCAACUGAAACCGGUAUUCGAUACAGCAGAUACAUGCAACUAGCAAGUGCAACUUUUGGUGAGAGGCUAUCGAAGUUUCUGGCUCUAUUCCCUAUAGCUUAUCUAUCAGGGGGAACAUGCGUGGCUCUGAUCAUCAUCGGAGGGUCAACAAUGAAGAUGUUCUUCCAGACUGUGUGUGACUCUUGCAACGUCAACCAACUAACGAAUGUGGAGUGGUACUUGGUGUUCACAAGUGCUGCGGUGGUUCUGUCUCAGCUGCCCAACUUGAACUCCAUUGCCGGUGUGUCGCUGGUCGGUGCCAUAACAGCCGUUGGAUACUGUACCAUAAUAUGGGUUGUUUCAGUAGCUGAAGGUAGACUUCCGAACGUUUCGUACAGUCCAGUGAAAGCUCGAACUGAGAUUGGAAGGAUUUUUGAUCCCUUGAAUGCGCUUGGGAUCAUUGCUUUUGCUUUCAGAGGCCACAAUCUUAUACUGGAGAUACAGGCGACUAUGCCUUCAAGUGAGAAGCAUCCAUCCCGCGUACCAAUGUGGAGGGGUGUCAAAUUUGCUUACGUACUCAUAGCAAUGUGCUUAUUUCCUCUUGCAAUAGGUGGCUACUGGGCAUAUGGUCAAUUGAUUCCAGCAAAUGGUGGCAUGUUAACGGCGUUGUACACAUUUCAUGCACAAAGUACUGCAAAAUCCGUUCUGGGAUUGACAAGCUUGUUUGUCAUAAUUAAUGCAGUUAGCUCCUUCCAAAUCUAUGGCAUGCCAUCCUUUGACGAUAUGGAGUCCAAUUACACAAGGAGGUUUAAGAAACCAUGCCCAUGGUGGCUACGGGUGUUUAUUCGGUGCAUGUUUGGAUAUGGGUGCUUUUUUGUUGCUAUCGCGAUUCCCUUCUUGGGAAGCGUGGCAGGUCUAAUUGGAGGGAUUUCUUUACCGGUGACUUUGGCUUAUCCAUGUUUUAUGUGGCUUAAGAUUAAGAAGCCUAAGAUAUACAGCCCCAUAUGGUGCCUCAACUGGGGACUAGGCAUCCUAGGAAUGGGUCUCAGUGGCAUUUUGAUGGCAGCUGGAGUUUAUGUUGUGAUUGACACUGGUAUUCAAGUUAGCUUCUUUAAGCCAUAGAUUCUUUGAAACUCGGACAACGCUCCAUGCAUCACUAGCCUGGGGUUAAAAAAAAAAAACACUUCUUCAAGCCUCACUAGUUUUUUUUUUUUCUGUACUUUAUGCCUCACUAGUUGGAAAUUAUUUAGAUUGCAGGCAAUUUGAGUUUGUAAGUUCAAAAAAUAAUCU